AAAAAGAACUUACACAUGGUAAAAUAUGGAGAAGUGGUUAUAACUUCUUAUAUAUUGCCUGCAAGUCUUGUGGGAAUAAUAUCUGCUUUAGCCAUGCAUCAUCUUCGCAAAUAUAAAACCAAAGUUGAUAAUUACAUGAUGAUAAAUCCCCUUGCUCCUAUUUUGGACACAACUGAAUCUGGUCGUGCUGGUGGUAGACUCGAAAAGUUUUCCCAUUAUGUUGCAAGGCAAUUGGGGUUUAAAGAUGAAAGUGAGUGUCCAAGGUUAAUGGAGCUAGUACAGGAAUACUUGAAGAGAUCCAAAGGGUGUGAUAAUACCAUCUUUGAAUACUUUGCAAAUGAAGAAGAUGCUGAAUCUUUGUACAUCAAAUUGGAGAAUGAAUUAGAGAGUUGCAUUCUUGCUUAUUUUGCUUUUCAUUGGAGUAAAGUUUCUAUGUUAAUUAGCCAGGUGUCAAGUGUUGAUUCUGAGCAAAAAAAGCUCAAGGAUAUGGUGCUGGCGGCUACAAGGAAGCAGAGAUUCGAGAAGAUAACAAAGGAUUUGAAAGUGACUAGAGUAUUUUCUACGUUGGUGGAUGAGAUGAGGGCAAUUGGAACAGUAUCAUCAAAUGGGAGAGAGUCCAAAUGUACAGAUGUGAUGGUACCUGUGGCUCACAGUCAAAGAAGUCCAGUGCUCCUACUUAUGGGUGGCGGAAUGGGAGCUGGCAAAAGCACUGUCCUUAAAGACAUCCUCAAACAGUCAUUUUGGUCCGAAGCAGCUGAUAAUGCUGUGGUGGUAGAGGCAGAUGCUUUCAAGGAGACUGAUGUAAUUUACAGAGCCAUCAGCUCAAGAGGCCACCAUCAUGACAUGCUUCAAACAGCAGAAAUGGUACAUCAAAAUUCAACAAAUGCAGCAUCUUCCCUGCUAGUCACAGCUUUAAACGAAGGGCGCGAUGUUAUAAUGGAUGGAACCUUAUCAUGGGAGCCAUUUGUUGAACAGACCAUAGCCAUGGCAAGAAAAGUACACGAAUAUCGAUAUCGUAUGGGGGACGGUUACAAGGUUGCAGAGGAUGGCACAGUUAGUGAAAAUUAUUGGGAACAAGUUGAACAAGAAGAAGGAGAAGAGGCUAAGAAUAUCACUAAACCUUACAGAAUAGAAUUGGUUGGAGUUGUAUGUGAUCCUUACCUAGCUGUUGUUAGAGGUAUCAGGCGAGCUAUAUCAACAGGGAGGGCAGUUAGAGUAAAGUCCCAAUUGACAUCUCACAAGAGAUUUGCAAAUGCAUUUCCUAAAUACUGUAAUCUUGUUGAUAACGCCAGGCUAUACUGCACCAAUACCAUAAGCGCCUCAAGACCAUCGUUAAUAGCAUGGAAAGAUGGAGAAAAUAAACUGUUGGUGGAACCAGAGGACAUCAAAUGUCUUGAAAUGGUAAAAAAUGUGAAGGAAGAAGCAGAAUCCAUUUAUGAGCUGUACGAAGAAGAAGAUGUUUUGUCCCAAUCUGCUUGUGUCUGGAAAAACAUGGUUUUGUUACCUGCAAGGUCUAGUCUCCAGCAAGAGCUCAAAACUGCAAUUGUAAAAAUUGAAAAUUUGGCAAAAUAGGUGUUUGCUUCAAUAAGCAAAAAUUGAAUAGAGAAGCAACUUCCUCCUUUUUUUUUUGGGGGGGGGGGUUUAAAUUGGAUGUUCUCUCUCAUAGACCAAACGAUUGUAAAAUCAUUUUUUAUAACAGUGAUGUCCAAAUCAACUUGUGAACGUGAACUUGAGCUAUUCUAAUGAUCUAAGCCCUCAAUGUUUCUCUAA